AUGUGUGAUUCAAAGACUCAUACGUGGCAAGAAGCUUUCAAAGUUCUUGGGAUCAAUUACAACCCCGAUGGCACUUUAAACAGAGAAAUCCAAAUCCCUAUGGUGGAUGCAACCCCAACUGCUGACCCAAAACAGCCUAAUCAGCUUGCCCUUUCCACAGAUAUACCCCUCAGCCCCUACAACAAAGCCUAUAUACGCCUCUAUAUUCCCGCAAAAACCCCGACAGGCACCAAACUUCCACUCAUAAUCUACCUACACGGAGGUGACUUCGUGUUGUUCAGUGCAUCCACUGUCAUUUUUCAUGAAUUCUGCAACAACAUAGCCGGCCAGUUCCCGGCAGUCGUAGCCUCAGUUGAAUACCGGCUGGCCCCUGAAAACCGCCUCCCUGCCGCUUAUGACGAUGCUCUGAAUGCUAUCCUCUGGGCUAAAGACCAGGCACUAGGUGUCGGAGGCCGUGAUCCAUGGUUAGAGUAUGCUGAUUUUUCUAGGGUUUUCAUUAUGGGCAGCAGUGCAGGUGCUAACAUAGCUUACCAUGUAGCCCUACGUGCACUGGAUUUCGAUCUUGGACCACUAAAAAUAAUAGGGCUGUUAAUGAACCAGCCAUUUUUUGGUGGACUUCAAAGGACUCAGUCAGAGGUGAGACUAGAAGAGGAUAAAUAUGUUCCUUUGUAUGUAUGUGAUGUAUUGUGGUCAUUGGCAUUGCCACAUGGUGCCAAUCGAGAUCAUGAGUUUUGUAAUCCAAUCAAGGGUGGGAAUUACCUUGGAAGAGUCCAACGUUUGCCAAGAUGCUUCAUGAAAUCCGAUAUAGGAGACCCAAUGGCUGAUCGAGCGAUGCAGUUAGUACACUUGUUGCAGUCGUAUGGAGUGCAAGUGAUUUAUCAGCUUAAUCGAGGAGGCUAUCAUGGUAUGGAAUUACAAGAUAAGACAGCUGCUAAAAAUUUGUACGAUGAUAUGAAGGACUUCGUCUACUCUACUAAAUCAACUGAAACUCAAAGUGGAUGUUGUCACGGUCUCAAUCAACGCUUUUGA